CGGAGCUCCUUGCUUUGCGUACGGGAUUGCUUUGGGCGACCAGAUUGGGGUACAAUUUGGUGCGGGUUGAGACAGAUUCUUCUGUUGUUAGCUCUUGGAUAAAUUGUCCUAAUUCUAUUAUUAUGUUUAAACCAAUUGUUGAGGAGAUUAAUUCUCUUUUAGCUGUUGUUGGUGGUGGUUCUUGUCAUGUCAUCUUGCGUGUUGCGAAUGGUGUGGCCCAUGUAUUAGAAUAUUUCUAUUUAUAGAAUUAAAUAAAUAAUUGAUUUUGUGAUAAAUGAAUAUUUUAUAUUCAUUGAAUCUGGACAAAAUUAAUUACGUAAUAUUGUAUAUAUGGGUCUCGGUCUCCGAGCUCCUCACUCAUUCUGUUCAUAACAGCAAAAUUCCAUCUAAAGAGAGUUGAGAGAGGGAGGAAGCCCGAUUACCCACAUCAACCAGUUUCCUUUGCAGAUCAAAGCUUGUGUAGGUUUAAAGCUCAAAAAUCAAUGGCUGGAGUUAAAGAUAUGAAGGAUAUUUAUGCAGUGGUGAUCUUCACAUUGUCCUUAGUCAUUCUUCCAAAGCCAAUUAUCUCAGACACCAAUGAAGAAUUCAUGCAUGUUGGAUUUUAUAAAGAAAAAUGUACCCCUGCUGAGUUUGUGGUGUCUCACUAUGUAGCUCAGGCAUUCAUAAGAGAUCAUGGUGUUGCAGCUGGUUUGAUUAGGCUUUUUUUUCAUGAUUGUUUCGUCAAGGGUUGUGAUGCUUCGAUUCUAUUGGAUUCCACAUUCUCUGGUGAGCCUGUAGAGAAGCGUUCUUAUUUCAAUGGCAACACCCUUAGAGGUUUUGAGGUCAUUGAUGAGAUCAAGACCAAACUAGAGGAACUAUGUCCAGAGACAGUUUCCUGUGCAGACAUAUUGGCUUUCGCUGCUCGAGAAGCUAUUUUCCUCUCCGGACUUCCCUACUAUGCUGUCCUAGGUGGCCGCCGCGAUAGCCGUACUUCUCGUUCGGCUGAUGUUAAUGGAAACCUACCUCUUCCAACAAUGUCUGUGGAAGACCUAAUAGCAUUGUUUGCCAGUAAAGGUUUAAACGUAGAAGAUUUGGUUGUUUUAUCAGGUGCACACUCCAUUGGACAAGCACACUGCACAAUGUUCGAGUACAGACUAAAUGAAACUAACCCGAAUGAUCCCUCUAAACCUUCCAUGGAGCCAACCUAUGCUGCUAAGCUGAGAAAAAGGUGUAAUGAGAUGAAAUUAUCUCCUAAAAUAGGGAAAAGAAACGCAGUUGUGAGGUUUGAUCCCUACACAUCGGACAGGCUCGACAAUGUUUACUAUGUGAACCUGUUGAAAGGGAGAGGGUUGCUUCAAUCGGAUCAGGCAUUGGCCAUAGAUCCACGAACUAAACAGUUUGUGAAACAUAUGGCUUUUGAUUCUAUAGCAUGGUCUCAUAAGUUUGUCGAGUCGAUGACUCGGUUGGGACAUUUUAACGUUCUCACUGGAAAUCAAGGACAGAUAAGAAAGAGUUGUAGAGUUGCUAAUUAAGGGUUUCUAGUUUAGAGAAUUUGUGGGGUUUUUCACAUCUUGUUAAUUUGCAAUUAUAUUUUGUGGAUUGCCUUCUAGUUUUCAAUCAUGUUAUAAAGGACAAAGUCUAAAGCAAGAGCUAAAAUGUGCUAUUUGAUUUCUUAAUAUAAUCAACUUUAGUAACCA